UUUUUAUUCAACUUUACAGUAGAAGAUAAUUAAUAUAUAUUUUGAUAAUCUUUGACAAUAUACAGAAACUAAAUGAAAAGUUUAUUAAGGUUACGUCAACUUGCAAUUUGGAGUAACAAACUAUGCAAUAUACAAAAAAGAAACCUUUCACUCGCAUACAAUAUCAUACAUGAAGGGGAUUCCACCAAACCACCUAUGUUAAUGAUUCAUGGACUUCUUGGAAACAAAUUCAAUUUUAAUUCUGUUGGGAAAAUUUUGAAAGAAAAACUGCCCAGCACAACGAUACUCAGUUGUGAUGUGAGAAAUCAUGGUGAAAGUCCGCAUUCCGAUAUGAUGGAUUAUAAGUCAAUGUCUGAAGAUACAAUACAACUCCUGAAUUCAAUGAAUAUUGACAAAUGUAUUUUACUCGGACAUAGUUUAGGUGGAAGAAUAGCAAUGUAUACUGCUCUUACUCAACAUAACCGAGUUGAAGAAUUAAUCGUGGUUGAUGUUGCUCCGGGAGAUAAAGGAAUAAAACGUGGUAUAAGUGAAGGUCCAAUCAAGUAUGUAGAAGCUAUGAAAUUAGUCAAAUUUGAACCUGGAAUUAAACCAUCCCAGGCUAGAGCAAGCGCACAUCAACAGCUCGAAAGUGCAAUACCUGAAAAAUAUUUGAGAGAUUUUGCCCUGACCAAUAUGAUAGAAACUACGAAAGGUUCUUUUGGAUGGAGACUCAAUCUAGAUUCAAUUUCCCAACACGCAAAAGAUUUUUAUUUUCUUGGAAAUGAAGAUGAUUUUACUCCCUAUACAGGAAGGACAUUAUUUUUAGGAGGUGCUCUUUCAAAAUACAUUCUGCCAAACGAUUAUCCCGACAUUAAAAGACUUUUUACAAACUCUGAUAUUCAACAUAUUCCAGAUUGUGGACAUUGGGUCCAUGCUGAUAAUCCUAAAGAAUUUGCUUCUAGAGUCUCGAACUUUUUAGGCGGCAGUUAAUAUUUCACCUGAAAUUUUUCUGUAAUUUUUUAUGAUAUGCCUUUGACUAAUCUUAUCCUUGCUUAAUUAUCAUCACAACUUACCAAACUGUCAAUUUCUUCAUAAGAAUCUCGAAAUACAAUGGUUCUUUAAAAUUUAGAUUAAUUAAAAAAAAUUUUUUUGUAAAAUUUGCCAUUUUUUUUUAAUAACAUUUAGAUUCAUAUCUGAUUUGGCAUGCUUUUGCUGCAACAAAUAUUCAGGAAGUUAUUUCUGAUACAGGAAUGUAUAACAAAUGUGCAUUCUCAUACCUAUAAGUUCAAUUCAAUACUUGGUGAUUUACGUUUUCUUAAAUAUAAUUUCUUGAUUCAUUAUGUAAGGUGGUAUACUUCGAUGCUAGGCUACUGCCAUUAAAUUUACAUGAUGUUCUAAGUAUCACUGUGUUUUUAAAAAAUAGAUUCUUGUUAUAGACGAAAUAUUUGUGGUAUGCUGAAUCAUAUUUUUUCGUACAUUCUACUCAAAUUUGUGUCUUUACAAUGAUAGAUGUUGUUCUGCCCUUGAUAUGAUAUCAAUACUUUUUCAUUUGGUAAUAUUUUGAUAUGUUCUAAAUCUAAACAUUUUGAUUGGACAUAUUUAUUUUAUCUUUCUAUUGUUAAACAUCAUACUUCUUUAGAAAUUAGGAACUCUAAACAAGGGCAAUGACUACAAAGAUAAAGUGUUCCUCUUUUUUCAUUUUGAUAUAUUAUUGAUAUAUAAGACAUCUGACAUAGCAAGUACGUAAAUACCUGUAAGCAGCAUGUUUAUACUUGUCCGAUAAAAUUGUUAAUUUGGUGAGAUGUUUCCCCUUAGCCCCAGAAAAAUUUCCUUUAUACUUACUUAUUUUAAUGUUUUUUUAUGUUACAUAACUGUCAUUUUGAUUCAAAACAUUUAACCACUUGCUAUAUAAAAGUAUUACUAGCUGAUUUUAAUCUACCUACCGGUAUCUAUCGCAUGUUUACUUGGACUGAUAUUCAAAUACUGCAACUAAGCUAAAACUUGUCAGAAGCGGAAAUAAAAAAGGAAUUUAGGGGGUUUUAUUGACAAAUUAUCAUUAAAUAUUCCAAUUAUUUACUUUAACAAAACUAGACAUAGCCUCAUUUUAAGUACAAAUUUUCUAACUAAAUUUGAAAUGCUAUAUUUUUUUUUAUUACAAUGAAUUUGUGUAAAUUCUGAAAAUAUUUCAGUUAGGAAAUAGUCUUCAAAGAUCUAGUUUAUUUAUUUCGUCACUGAGAAAUGUCUUAAGACAAUAUUGAAAUUUCCAUCCACGAAAAGGCUCUAUUAUUUAUAACCAUUCUGAAAUUUUAUUUUUCUCUACAUUCAGAA